UGAGUCCAGUACUAGUGUUGUAAUUAAGAGACAUAGGGAGGGGGCAAGGUGGGAAAAGGAUCGCAAAAUACCGAAUCAGCGUAGACCAAAAAAAGAAAAGAAAUAAAAAAAGUAAAAAGAAGAGAAACGGUCUGGGCUGGGGCAAUUCCUGACCUUAAAACUAGCAAGCAUAAAUAACUUGCAAAACUGUGGCCUUUUAUUUCUUUUUCUGGCCAUCAUCGUAUCUUUUCCAAAACACCAAAAAUGCCUGCGACAACAGAGAACAACAACCAAGGCUCAUUCCUGGGUCGAAUAAGCAUCCGCAGAAACCAAGUGAUGUCCAUGGACGGAAGCCACGACCAAGAGAUGGAAGACCUGGAGCUUUUCCAGAAGCACAUCGGAGACCGCUUCUCGGAGCUCUUAUCCUCCACCUCCGAAGACUCCUCCUCCUCCUCCUCCUCCUCCUCCUCCGGCGACGCGCUUCUCUCCAUUGCGUGGCUCCGCAGGCUCCUCGACGAGUUCCUCUGCUGCGAGGCCGAGUUCAAAGCCGUCGUCUUAAUGGGCCGCGACCCUUCCCAGAUCACGAAGCCACCGCUCGACAAGCUCCUCCCGGAUCUCCUCGACCGCGGCGUCAAGUCCCUCGACGUCUGCAAUGCCGUCACCCUCGGCCUCGACGCCGUCAAGAACCUCCAGCGCCUCGCCGAGAUCGCCGUCGCGGCCCUCGAACAAACCCCCCUCGGUGACGGCCAGGUCCGCCGCGCCAAGAAGGCGCUCUCCGCCCUCGUAGCCGCCAUGCUGAACGACGACAGCAACGCCGCCGCCAAGGGAACCGAACGCACCCGCUCCUUCGGGCGCCGCGCCGGAAACACCAACGCCACUAAAUACAAGUCGCUGUCGUGGAGCAUGGCCAAGAACUGGUCCGCGGCGAAGCAAAUCCACGCGAUGAUGUCGAAUCUGACGGCGCCACGUGGCGCGGAGUCCUCGGGAUUGGCGCAACCCAUGUACAUGAUGAGCACCGUGUUGGUGUUCGUGAUGUGGACUCUGGUUGCGGCGGUUCCUUGCCAGGAAAGGAAUGGGCUAGGGACCCAUUUUCCUCUGCCGAGGCAAUUGGGCUGGGCCCAGCCCAUGAUCGGCCUGCAGGAGAAGAUUGCGGAGGAGUGGAAGAAGAAAGAGAAGAAAGGGAACGUUGGGUUGUUAGAGGAGAUGCAGAGGAUGGACAAGCUGGGUCAGUCCCUGAUUGAAUUCGCAGACUCGUUUCAGUUCCCAACCGAAACGGAGCGUAUGGAUGAGGUGAAGAAGCACGUCGAGGAAUUGGGGGACAUUUGUAAAAAAAUGGAGGAAGGCUUGGAACCUUUACAGCAGCAGAUUAGAGAGGUCUUUCACAGGGUCGUAAGGAGCAGGACUGAGUUUCUCCUUGCCUUGGACCAAGCUGCCAAGUCCACUACACCCGCUCUGUAAAUAACCACAAUCUACAUCAUCAUCCUUUUAGGUUUCACACAUUUUACAUGCCACCUUAUCUACUUUUCUAAAUAAAAAAACUGCCCCCAAAAAUUAAGGGCUAUAUACUUAUGCGUUAA